AUGGAAGAGCCGGAAAACCUUUUAGUGGAAGGAAACAGUUGUGACAUGGAAAACCAUGAAGCUGAAACGAAUAAUCAAGAAGAAAUAAAGAGCCAGGAGCUGUUAGUAAUGACUGUAGAGAUUGGAGAUGGGAGACAAGACAUAAUCGUCAUAUAUGAAAAUGAUGAUCCAACCCAGCUUGCCUCAGAUUUUGCAAAAAAGCAUUCUCUUGAUCCAUCACUUCAGCAAUCUUUGGCAGGAUUAAUCAGACAAAAUAAAGAACUCGUAGAAAAGAAUGCAGCAGCAGGCAAUCAAGAUCCUGGGAAAAUUUCUGAUUUUUUUGGCUCAUAUUCGAGCACACAAAACCCCAAGGAGACAGCUGCAACUCAAAACCCAAAACCUAAAAAGACACCAAAGCCUGUGUCAAGCAAAGACGACUUCAAGUUUGACAGCCACACUGGGUCUCAAAAAACAGUGACUGGCAGCAUUUAUGAAAAAUUCACCAAGCAAGCAAAAACUGCAAGACCAAAAACUGCAUCUUCUGUAACAAGCAGUCAAUUGCCAACAUCUGGUAAUAACCCAGGCAAAAGAAAUUAUGGAGAGUGGCUUUACUUGAAAGGGCUUAAGCAGAAAGAAACUGCAAAGCAGAAAAUUGAGUCAAAGAAGCAAGCAAUUGAAGAAAAAUCUGCAAAAGAGCUAACAUUUAUGCCAUCAAUUAAUAAGACUGGAUCAGUGGCUUCUCCAAGAAAUAAUAAUGAAAAAUUAGAAAACUACCUGCUUGACAAAGCUAAACAGUAUCAGGAGCAUCUUGAGCAAAUAAAGGCAGAUGUGGAAAACGAGCAGAUGAAAGAGUGCUCAUUUGUGCCUAGCAUAUCAGAAAGAAAGCUAAAACCAAGAGAUUACAGCAAGUCUAUUCAUGAAGAACUGUUUGACCAGGCAUCUAGGCGAAAAGAAAAGAAACUUGAGCAAGAAAUGAACAGCAUUAGACAGUUCCCUUUUAAGCCAGAAGUUUCAAGCCCUCGCCAAAAGACUGUUGAGACCAAAGAAGAAUUCGUUGAACGACUCGCCACUUCAAAGCUAAAAUUCGAUGAAGAAAUGGAAGAAGCAAGGAAAAGUCUUGUAGUGACCCAUGAUGAAAGCACUGGACAAAAGCUAUUCACACCUCAAACUUAUAGCAAGGUUAACGUAAGAAUUAUGUAGAGAAGCGCAGACACUCCUAUAUGGGAGCACCUUUAUUCCUUAAAAGAUGUAAAAGCUAAAAAUAUAAACAAAGAAAUUAAAGCCCAAAAUGAGAAACUUGUAGAAGCUUCCUCAUCAACGCAAAAGCAAAGCAAAAACUCCAAGAAAUAUUUCGAUAAAUUCAGAAUGAAGCAGUAUGAAAGGAUUUUUAAGCUUUUGGAUUCUGAUGAGGAUGGGAAUAUCUCUGCAGGGAUGAUUUCUCUUGAUGGACUGGAUGAUAAAGCCUGCGAAGUAAUGACACCUCUAUUUGAAAAAAUAGAGGAAGAUAAAAUCACUCUUGAUUUUGCUUCUUUUGUAGAGAGCAUGGACGAACUGCUUAAAACUUUGAGCGUUGAUGAGAAGGCAUACAUCCUCAAAAGGGAAGCAAAGCCUGAACAAGAAGAAACUAAAAAGCCACUAAUCAGUGAAAUGUCUAUAAAAUUGAGUGAAAAAUCACGUGGAUCGCUGCCUGAUGAUAUCUAUGAAAGGAUGGUCAUGACUCAGGAGCUGAAAAGACUGAAAAUGGUCAAGGAAAGGGAAGAAAGAGCGAUAGCAGAGGUAAAGCAAUGCACUUUCCGCCCCGCUCUGAGGACCAGAUAA